CUCAGUAGUUUGUCCCUGAGGCCGCCUCGUAGACGGCGCUGCGGCGCUCCGCGUCUUCAGGGGCCGCCUCGCCAUGGCUGCUCGGGCUGGCGUCGCCCCCGCCGGCGAGGGGCUGCGCUAUGCCGAAUACGUGCCGCCCUCUGCCAAACGGCCCGACGCCGAGAUCGACCACGGUCUGGCAAGAAGUUUGAUAGCUGUAGGAUUGGGUGUUGCAGCUCUUGCAUUUGCAGGUCGCUAUGCAUUUCAGAUCUGGAAACCUUUAGAACAAGUAAUCACAGAAGCAACAAGAAAGAUUUCAACUCCUAGUUUUUCAUCCUACUAUAAAGGAGGAUUUGAACAGAAAAUGAGUAGGCGAGAAGCUAGUCUUAUUUUAGGUGUAAGCCCAUCUGCUGGUAAGGCCAAGAUUAGAACAGCUCACAGGAGAAUCAUGAUUUUGAAUCACCCAGAUAAAGGAGGAUCGCCUUAUCUAGCUACUAAAAUAAACGAAGCAAAAGAUUUGUUAGAAGCAACCACCAAGCAUUGAUUGAUGCUGAAGAAUUAUACUGAAGGAAACAAAAGGGGACACUGAAAGGAAAGAUGUGCAAAUUAGUCUAAAAUAUGUAUGCUGACCACAGCCUUUUCUUUUGGCAUUAAGCUCUAUAGCAAUAAAAUAUUAAUAGCCUUGUUAUGUCAGUCCUAAAUCCAGUAUGACCAUCAGAAAUGCAAUUGAGAUUUCUGAGCAAUGAGUAGAAAUUCUUACUGUUUUAUGUUUGUGCCCUCAUUUUUUCUUGGUUCUUCAUAGGAAAGGGGCUUUGCCUAACUAAGGUCCUCUGAAAUCAAAUACUUGCUGCCAUCUCAUGGGGAAAUGUUUUGAAAACAGUGGAAUUGACUAAAAGGUGUUCUGUAAAAUAGUUGUUAGAACUUGAAGAAUGCUGCUGUCAUACCCUUGGCUGAAGCAUGAGAACGUGGAAAGCUACUAAAAUGAUAACAUUACCAGAACAAGGCUAAAAAGAACUGGGAAAAACUGAUUAUAGUCUUCUAGCAGCACUGUAUAUUUAUUCCAUCUAUGAUGUGUAAAGCACCAUAGUGAGUCCUCUGAGAGUUAAAAAUAUGAGCCAGUUAUGGAUCCUGACCCAAAAGAUCUUAUAUUUAGAGGAAGGGUUAAUCACAUAAGUAAGUAGAGAGGUACAGAUACGUUAAACAACAAAGUAACUUAAAAUGAGUGUGUGGUGGUGGGAAGGAGUCUUCAUGGAGUAAUUAGCAUAGCACUAGGCUUUAAGAAAAAAUAUUUCUCUGAACAGAAUUAAUAGAAAUGGAUCUUAUCCAUUAGUGUGAUUAGAGUAUAAGAUGUAUUGAAAGGUAGGAAUGGAUAAAAGUGGUCAUGAAAGGCCAGCAUUAAGUUGCUUUCUCCAAAAGAUAACAGAUUCAGAAGAAAGUGCAACAUUUCCCAAUGUCUUAGAAAUCCUGGGUUCAUUCCAGGGAAGCAGAAUGACUAUUUCACCUAAAAAUAUGUAUUAACAUCCUAGAUGCAAUUUCAACUUACACUAUCUCAUAAUUUAGGAGUUCAAGCUUUGCACUGUUGACAUGUGGGCUUGAUAAUUCUUGGGGUGCUCUCUUGUGCAUUGUAUAUGAUUAGCAACAUGUUUGGCCUAUUAACAACUAGAUUAGUACAGGUUACAUAUCCACCACCAAAAAUGCUUGGAACUGAAGCCCUUUAGAUUUCUAAUUCUUCAAUAAUCGUCUAUACAUACUGUGAUAUCUUAGAGAUGGGAUGCAAAUCUAAAUAUGAAAUUCAUUUAUAUUUCACAUACCUUAGUCUAAAGGUAAUGUUAUAUUUUUAUUUUGCACAUGAAACGAAAGUUCACAUUGUUGGAUUUUCCACUGUAAAGACAUAAGCCUGGGCUGACUGAAAGUAAAAGAACAGAAAAAGUUGUCCCAUGCAAACAAAAGCCAGAGUGAGGCAGGAAUAGCUUUCCUCAUGUUAGACAAAACAGACUUGAAGACAAAACCUCCAAAAAGAAGCUCAAAAGGACUAAUUUAGUGAGAAGAUAUAAUGAUUUUAAAAGUUUUAUACAGCAACCAUCAUUAGAUGAAAAGAGGCUCCAAUAUUGUGAUAGUGGAGAACUUCAGCACUCUUAUUGACAGAUCCUGUACAAACACAAGAAAAUCAAAGAUCAGGGUUAAACAAUACUAUUAUACAAAUGGACCUAACAGGCAUUUAUAGAAAAUUCAGUCCAACAGAUUAUUACCCUAUGAAACAUCCUCUAGGAUAGACCAUAUAUUAGUCCCCAAAUCAAGUCAUACUUAUGAAUUUUUUUCCUGCCCACAACAGAAGUAGAAAUGAGCAACAGCAACCUUAUUGGCAUUACACAAAAACAUAGAACUGAAUACCUGUACUGAUUCAAUGAAAUAUUGUUCAAUCAAAACAGAAAUUGAGGACAGAAAAUUUGAACAAGUAAUGAGAUUGGAACAGCAUCAAAAGUCUCCCAGGCCGGCGGCGCCGGCACACCGGGUUCUAGUCCCGGUUGCCCCUCUUCCAGGCCAGCUCUCUGCUGUGGCCAGGGAGUGCAGUGGAGGAUGGCCCAAGUGCUUGGGCCCUGCACCCGCAUGGGAGACCAGGAGGAAGCACCUGGCUCCUGGCUUCGGAUCAGCACGGUGCGGCGGCCAUUGGAGGGUGAACCAACAGAAAAAGGAAGACUUCUCUCUCUCACUGUCCACUCUGCCUGUUAAAAAAAAAAAAAGUCUCCCAACAAAGAAAAGCCCAAUAUCAUCGGACUUCAUUUCUGAAUUAUAUUAAACUUGUAAAGAACAAUUUUUCUCAAAUUAUUGCCAAGAUUAUUUCAUGAAACUAGUAUAUUAAUUGCAAAAUUAUACAGACAAAAACUAAACCUAGUGAACAUUGUUGCAAAAAUUCUCAAGACAAAAACCCUGCAGAUUGACUCAAACACCCCAUGAAAAAGAUGACCCACCAUGAUCAGUUGGGAUUUUUCCCAGGAAUGUAAGGAUGGUUCAGCAUGUGCAAAUCAAUGAUUAUAAUACAUGAUAUCAGUAUAAUGUAAGAUAAAAUAUCUCAAUAGAGAAAAGCCACUGAUGAAAUUCAACACCCAUUCUGAACUCACAGAUGCAUGGAAAACUAAUGAAUGAGCACAGACCUGUUUGAAGUCUUAAACAGAGUUUAAGGCUUGAGUUAAGACCUUAUUUUCUUUACUUUUCCUUUGAAAUAUCCAGGCUUGGGAAAAAAUAUAUGCACUGAAUAAACCUAAGAAAAUUAAAGGCUCUGGACUAGCCUUUUAUGUUACAUUAGUCCAGGUUCAGCAGGACUGAACACUUUUGGCCAAGCCCCAAGUAAAGCUGUCAAUCCUGAUAAGGCUGUGGUGGUUGGAGCUGCUAGUCAGGGAGGUGUGUUGGCUGGUGCUGUCACAGAUGUGCCACUCCUGGAUGUCACUCCCCUCUCUGGGUAUUGAGACCAGGAGGUGUCUUCACCAAACAAGAACACCACUAUUUCAACCAAGAAGAGCCAGGUAUUUUUCUACUGCUGCUGUUGGGCAGACUCAAGUUGAGAUUAAAGUAUGUUGGGGGAGAGAGAGAUGGCUGGAGACAAACUUCUUGGACCAUUCACUUUGAUUGGAAUUCCUCCAGUACCCCAAGAAGUCCCACAGAUUACAGUUAUAUUUGACAUUGAUGCCAAUGGGAUUGUACAUGUUCCUACCAAAGAUAAAGACGUAGGAUGCAAGCUGAUUGUAAUCCAGUCUUUGGGUGGAUUAAGCAAAGAUGACAUUGAAAAUAGGGUUAAAAAUGCAGAUGUAUUGUGAGGAAGACCAGCGAAAGAAGGAACAGGUUGAAGCAAUUAAUAUGGCUGAAAGAAUCACUGAGGACACAGAAACCAAGAUUGCUGAUGAAUGCAACAAGCUAAAAGAAGAGAUUCCUAAAAUGAGGGAACUCCUCACUUGAAAAAGACAGUAAAACAGGAGAAAACAGGCAGCAUUGCAUCUUCCCUUCAGUAGACAUCAUUAAAGCUCUCCAAAAUGGUAUACAAAAAGAUAGCAUCCAAGUGAGAAGGCUCUGGAAGCUCUGGCACUGGGGACCAAAAAGAAGAUAAAAAAGAGGAGAUGCAGUGAUAACAGAAGUAAAUUUUGAAGUCAGAAGUACAGCAUACAAUGAAGCUUGGAUGUGAAGGGACUUCCUGCACAGAAAUGAACAAACUUCAGUCUUUUCACUGUGUUUCUGUAGUAUUCUCUAUAUAGUUUCUUUAAUAUAUAAAUUAAGACUUACUAGCUAACAGUCAUUUAAUUGGUGAUAAUUGCGAAGGUACAGCAUUCACAAUGUUCUGCUGUCCUUAGCCUAUUGUCACUUUCUUUAGCUGCAUGUAAAAGUGAGGCCAGUACAACUUAGUGAAAUUAUAAAGACUUCACAUUGCAUGUACAUCUCAUGUGCAGUCCCCAUAAAAAUACCAAGGACAUUGGUGAUUUCAUAUAAAUUUGAAGACUUAUUUCUGUAAACAAAGUCCCCAAAUUGCCAAAGCAAUAUUGAGCAGAAAGAACAAAAUUGGAGGUAUCACAAUACCCAAUUCCAAGAUAUACUAUAGAAGUAGAGUUAUCAAAACAGUGUGGUACUAGUACAAAAACAAAUUUAAAGCAGUGGGAUACAGAUCCUAGUAUAGAAUCCAAGUAUCUACAGUGAACCAGUCCUUCACUGUGGUCAAAACAGACACUAGACAAAAGACUCCCUCUUCACUAAUGGUGCUGGGAAAACUAGAUAUUCAUAGGUAGAAUGAAAAUAGACCCCCGCCUACCUGUCAUCCUGUACAAAUGUUAGAAUUAACUCAAAAGACUAAAUGUGAGCCCUAAAACUAUGAAACUGCUAGUAGAAAAUACAGGGAAAAUGCUUUGAAACAUCAGCAUAGGCAAUGUUUUUUUAUUUUUUUAAAGACCUCAAAAGCACAGGCAGCAAAAGCAAAUGGGAUUAUCUCAAGCUUCAGUGCAACAAAGAAACAGAGGGAAGAGUGAAUAUACAGAAUGGGAGAAAAUAUUUGCAAACUAUGUAUCUGACAAAGGAUUAAUAUCUAGAUUAUAUAUUUUUUAAAAGAUUUUACUUCAAAGAGUUACACAGAGAGAGGAGAGGUGCAGAAAGAGAGAGAGGUCUUCCAUCCGGUGGUUCACUCCCCAAAUGGCCGCCAAGGCCAGAGCUGUGCAGAUCCGAAGCCAGGAGCUGGGACUUCUUCCGGGUCUCCCACGCGGAUGCAGGGGCCAAGGACUUGGGCCAACUUCUACUGCUUUCCCAGGCCACAGCAGAGAGCUGGAUUGGAAGAGGAGCAGCUGGGACUAGAACCGGUGCCCGUAUGGGAUCCUGGUGCUUCAGGCCAGGGUGUUAAACCUGCUGUGCCACAGCGCCAGCCCCAAUAUGUAGAUUAUAUAAGGGAUUAAAAAAAACUCACCACGAAAAAAAAAAAAAA